CGCGUGCAGGGGACAGGAGGAGGACGGACAGAGGACCCGAGGAGAGGGCACGAGGGAGCCCCCAGGCCACCAAGGGGUCAGGAGAGGAGGCAGCCCCCGACAGAGCCGCCAGGACCGGCCGGCAGAGUCCGCUGAUGGAGGCAGGGGCGGGGCCCCUCCGGCCGCCCCGCUGAGAAGCAGCCCGGACGGUCCAUGGAGCAGGGGGGGCCUGGCAAUGUGGAGACACACGAGACGUCCGCCACGGGCUCCUGGGACAUGGAGGGGGAGCCCGGCCUGGGGAGCCCCAAGCCCGAGUCCGACGCGCCCCAGGAGGACCCCGAGGGCGGGGGGGCGCCGCCCAGACGCUUCACCCCCGUCCAGAGACACUCCGUCUUCAACCGCGCCGUGCGGCACAAGAGCAGAGCCGGGGCCACGGGCGGCCCUAAGAGGAACGGCGGCCACGGGGCGGAUUCACCAGAAAACAGAAAAUCUGCAGACGAGCCUCUGACCUCGAGCACCCCCCGGAGCCGAUGGCCGCUCUGGAAAAUACCGGCUACGACGCAGGCCAGAGCAAGCACAAGCUCGCCCUGGGCUUAA